CUCAACUCCUCAUUCAUUCUUACAUUCGGAGACCUUUCCGUGGCUAUCUCUCCGUCCUUUCACUGUCUCUGACAAUCACACCUCACCCAUCAAUCAAGAUGGCGACCACGAAACAGCGCCUCGCCCUCUCCAUAAUCGACUACCUAACCACCUCCCUCACCGAUGGAACCCUCACCUCCGAAGAGCGUGAAAACAUCGAAGUAGCAAGCUCCUGCAUCGCCGACGCCUUCAAAGUAGACCCCACGGACUCCACCCCGAAAGACUCCCAAACCCUCCUCCAAAUCUACUCCGUCUACGAGAAGUUAAAAGGCAAGGCGCCAGCCACUCCCGCUGCCGCCUCUACCUCGACAGCAGAAGCAAAGAUAGAGCCCACCGAAACGCAAAAGAAAGAAGCCGAAUCCCUAAAACAAAAAGGCAACGCAGCAAUGGCCAAGAAAGACUACCCCUCCGCCAUUGACCUUUACUCCCAAGCCCUGUCCCUCGUCCCCGGGAACCCCAUUUUCCUCUCCAACCGCGCCGCCGCCUACUCGGCGUCCAAGGACCACGAGUCUGCACGCGCUGAUGCAGAAGCUGCCGUUGAAGCAGACCCGAAAUACACGAAAGCCUGGUCACGGCUCGGACUCGCACGGUUCGCGCUGGGCGACGCGAAAGGUAGCAUGGAAGCUUACAGCAAGGGAAUCGAGUACGAAGGCAACGGCGGCAGCGACGCAAUGAAGAAGGGCUUCGAGACAGCCAAGAAAGCCGUCGCCGCGCAAGAAGACGGCGACGACGAAUCCGACGAGGAGGUUGCUUCUCGCGGCGGACCAGCAGGUGGUGCGGGCGGAAUGCCCGAUCUCUCGUCUCUGGCCGGCAUGUUUGGCGGCAGGGGAGCAGGCGGUGCGGGCGGGGGAGGGAUGCCGGAUUUCAGUGCGAUUAUGCAGAAUCCGAUGUUUGCGAGCAUGGCGCAGAAUCUGAUGAGUAACCCCGAGGCGAUGAAUAAUAUCAUGAGCAACCCGCGCUUGAGGGAGAUGGCGAACCAGUUUGGUGGCGGUGGUGGUGGAGGAGCUGGUGGUGCCGGGGGAGCCCCCGAUCUCGCGAGUUUGAUGUCUGAUCCUAGUAUUGCCGAGAUGGCGCGAAACAUGAUGGGGGGCGCAGGACGAGGAGCUGGGCGCGGAGCAGGCAAUUGAACAAUUAACCAAUCAAUCAAUUAACCAACCACUUUGCUAUCGUACCGUAGGAUAGAUACCGUCAUCGCACUUUUCAUAGCGCCGCAGGAUAGAUUCAGGGAAGGAUAAUAAUGCAUGCACCGAUUUCUCUCUCUUGCUUCUACUUUCCACUAUGCCGAUAUUGUGAAGAAGAGAUCUUAUUUAAAUGUUGUUUUGUUGAAUAUUCAAAUCGAUGUACCAG